UAAGCCGGAAUGACGGACCCGGACCCGGACGAUGAUGACCUGACCUUCUGGGAUCGGCACGAGUUCAAGUUCUAUCAGUACGGCCAUGUCUACGCCGUGAUCUAUGGCCAGGUGGUCAUAGAUUAUGUGCCCCAGAAGGCCCUCAAGCGGCCUGUUAAAGUGUUCCUCAUCUGCUACAGUCACCUGUUCAGCCUCGUCCUGAUCGUAGUUCUUCCGGGUUACUUUUGCUAUCAUUUCCGGACUCUGACGGACUCGGUGGAUCCCCGACUUCAGCUUCUGUUGUACGUGAGCUUCGCCAACACGGCCAUCAAGUAUGCCACCGUGAUAGUUACCUAUUUGGCGAAUACCGUCCACUUUGAGGCCAUCAAUCAGAAGUGCACCUACCGGAGGAUGCACCUGGAAAAGGAGUUCAAGAAGGCGCCCAAGGAGCCCAAGAUACCUUUUGAGUUUUUCAUGUAUUUCAAGUUUUGUCUCAUCAAUCUGAUGAUGAUUAUUCAGGUCUGUGGCAUCUUCGCCCAAUAUGGAGAAGGAGAAAAGGGCACUGUCAGCCAGGUGCGCGUCCAUUUCAGCAUUUAUGCCUUCGUCCUGUGGAACUACACCGAGAACAUGGCCGACUACUGCUAUUGGAUCAAUGCUUCAGUCUUGAAGUACUACCGGCAACUGAAUCUCCAGCUGGACCAUCUGCGACAGGACAUGGCGAACCUAAAACCCACCGGAAUGCUCCUACAUCGCUGCUGCGAACUGAGUGACCGCCUGGAGGUGCUGCGUCGGAGGUGCCAGGAGAUAAAGGACCUGCAGAAGGAGAGCUUCCGGAUGCACCAGUUCCAGCUAAUGGGUCUUAUGCUGAGCACUUUGAUCAACAACCUGACGAACUUUUACACUCUGUUCCACAUGCUGGUGAAGCAGUCGCUGGAGGACGUUAGCUAUCCGGUGCUGGUCGGCUCUUUUUACGCCACUGGCUUCUACAUAGACACCUACAUUGUGGCCCUGAUGAACGAGCACAUCAAACAGGAGCUGGAGGGCAUGGCCCUAACCAUGCGGAGGUUUGCAGAGCCACCGGAAAGGGAUGUGAGGCUCACCAGAGAGAUUGAACACUUCUCCCUGGAGCUUCUCAACUGCCAGCCACCCAUGUUGUGUGGCAUCCUGCACUUGGAUCGACGAUUGGUUUACCUAAUUGCCGUCACAGCCUUCUCCUACUUCAUAACUCUAGUGCAGUUUGAUUUAUUAUUGCGAAAAAAGUCAUAGAAACUCAGAAACUAAAAU